GGAAACAAGAAACUUUCCACCCUGGAUUCUCUACUUUUGAUCCAUGGACAGAGCUCAGCUCAGCCAAGUUACAGACAGACUAUAAGCAGUCCUUGCUCAUUUUAUUGCGAUCUGCCUGUGGGAACUUUGUCUCCGAGUCAAAGUAGCAUGGAGCGGAGAAGCGAGAGUCCCUGUCUAAGGGAUAGUCCAGAUAGAAGGAGCGGCAGCCCUGAUGUCAAAGGUCCUCCUCCCGUGAAGGUGGCCAGGCUCGAGCAGAAUGGCAGUCCCAUGGGAGCCAGAGGGAGGCCCAAUGGCUCCGUGACCAAGUCAGUGGGAGGUUUGAUGAUUCCUGUUUUUUGCGUGGUGGAGCAGUUGGACAGCUCUCUUGAAUAUGACAACAGAGAAGAACAUGCAGAGUUUGUACUGGUUCGAAAAGACGUGCUCUUCAGCCAGCUGGUGGAGACAGCACUCUUGGCCCUUGGGUAUUCCCACAGUUCUGCAGCUCAGGCACAAGGAAUAAUCAAACUAGGGAGGUGGAAUCCUCUCCCCCUCAGUUAUGUGACUGAUGCGCCAGAUGCGACAGUAGCCGACAUGCUACAAGACGUCUAUCAUGUUGUGACAUUGAAAAUCCAAUUACAAAGUUGUUCAAAGUUGGAAGAUCUGCCAGCAGAGCAGUGGAACCAUGCCACAGUCCGCAAUGCCUUAAAGGAGCUGCUCAAAGAGAUGAAUCAGAGCACGUUAGCCAAAGAAUGCCCGCUCUCCCAGAGCAUGAUUUCAUCCAUUGUAAAUAGCACAUAUUAUGCCAAUGUGUCAGCAACCAAGUGCCAGGAGUUUGGGAGAUGGUAUAAAAAGUACAAGAAGAUUAAAGUGGAAAGAGUGGAAAGAGAAAACCUUUCAGACUAUUGUGUUCUGGGCCAACGUCCAAUGCAUUUACCAAAUAUGAACCAGCUGGCAACCUUGGGAAAAACUAAUGAACAGUCUCCUCAUAGCCAAAUUCACCACAGUACUCCAAUCCGGAACCAAGUGCCCACAUUACAACCCAUCAUGAGCCCUGGUCUUCUUUCUCCCCAGCUCAGUCCACAAUUGGUAAGGCAACAAAUAGCAAUGGCCCACCUGAUAAACCAACAGAUAGCUGUCAGCCGACUAUUGGCUCACCAACACCCUCAAGCCAUCAACCAACAGUUCUUGAAUCAUCCCCCCAUCCCCAGAGCAGUUAAGCCAGAGCCAACAAACUCUUCAGUUGAAGUUUCUCCGGAUAUCUACCAGCAAGUCAGAGAUGAGCUGAAGAGAGCCAGUGUUUCCCAAGCUGUGUUUGCUAGAGUGGCAUUCAACCGUACACAGGGGUUGUUGUCUGAGAUUCUGCGUAAGGAAGAAGACCCUAGGACAGCCUCGCAAUCUCUGUUGGUAAACCUGAGGGCCAUGCAAAAUUUCCUUAAUCUGCCAGAAGUCGAGAGGGAUCGUAUCUAUCAGGAUGAGAGAGAGAGGAGUAUGAACCCCAAUGUGAGCAUGGUAUCUUCAGCCUCCAGCAGUCCAAGCUCCUCCAGAACCCCCCAGGCCAAAACCUCGACACCGACAACAGACCUCCCCAUUAAGGUGGAAGGCGCCAACGUCAACAUCACAGCUGCCAUUUAUGACGAGAUCCAACAGGAGAUGAAAAGGGCCAAGGUGUCUCAGGCCCUGUUUGCCAAAGUGGCUGCCAAUAAAAGUCAGGGCUGGCUGUGUGAGCUUCUUCGCUGGAAGGAAAACCCAAGUCCGGAAAACCGCACCCUCUGGGAAAACCUGUGCACUAUCCGCCGCUUCCUGAACCUUCCCCAGCAUGAGAGAGACGUGAUCUACGAGGAGGAGUCCAGGCAUCAUCACAGUGAGCGCAUGCAGCAUGUUGUCCAGCUCACUCCUGAGCCUGUGCAGGUUCUUCAUAGACAGCAGUCUCAGCCAGCCAAGGAAAGUUCCCCUCCUAGAGAAGAAGCCCCACCUCCACCACCUCCUGCUGAAGACAGUUGUGCCAAAAAGCCCAGGUCUCGCACCAAGAUCUCCUUAGAGGCCCUGGGAAUCCUUCAAAGCUUUAUUCAUGAUGUGGGUCUCUACCCUGACCAGGAGGCUAUCCAUACCCUUUCUGCUCAACUGGAUCUCCCCAAACACACCAUCAUCAAAUUCUUCCAGAACCAGCGGUACCACGUGAAGCACCAUGGGAAAUUAAAAGAGCAUUUGGGCACUGGGGUUGAUGUCGCUGAGUACAAGGAUGAAGAGCUGCUGACUGAAUCAGAGGAAAAUGAGAGUGAAGAAGGCUCGGAGGAAAUGUACAAAGUGGAAGCUGAGGAGGAAAAUGCUGACAAAAACAAGCCGGCUCCUCCGGAAAUUGACCAGAGAUAAUGUGAAAUCACAACAUGGAGAGCAAGACAUUGGUCCAAGGAUUUUCUGUUUCUAUUUUCUUU